GGACUAUAUUAGAGGAGACAUUCGCUGAAUAUUCUCGUCCGGUUUUGUGUUAAUCUGAUACCCAUAAACAAUCUCAAAAGGCUGUUUUGCGAAUAUCAACAGCUUUUCCAACAACCCGUGCCCUAUGCGACAAGAUGGCCGAGGCAGUGACACCAUUCAAGGUCCAAAUCCCGGACUCAGAGCUAGAACUCCUCCGCAAAAAGCUGGAGCUCGCCCGGCUGCCCGACUAUGAGGGCUGCGAAUGGGGCGAGGAGGCCGAGGGCGGCGUGACGUCGGGCCUGAUGCGCGAGACGGUCGACCACUGGCGGACAAAGUACGACUGGCGGGCUGCGGAAGCGCGCAUGAACGAGAUGCCGCAGUAUAAAACGAGCAUCCCGAUCGACGGCUUCGACGCCGUCAACGUCCACUUUGUCCACGCCAAGCCGGCGGACCCCGCGGCGGCCGCGGGCCCUCCCACGCCGCUGCUGUUCCUCCACGGCUGGCCCGGGUCCUUCAUCGAGGUCCAGGAGAUGCUGCCGCGGCUGCUCGCCGCGGGCUUCCACGUCGUGGCGCCGAGCCUCGCCGGAUUCGGCUUCUCGGGCUACCCGCGGCAGGCCGGGUUCCAAUUGACGCACCAGGCCGAGAUGAUGAACCGGCUGAUGGCGCGGCUGGGCUACGGUUCGUACCUGGUCCAGGGCGGCGACUGGGGCUCCCUCCUGGGGCGGAUCAUGGCCGUGCGCUACCCGAAGCACGUCAAGGCUCUGCAUCUCAACAUGAUUUUCUCGUCGGGCCCGAACGGGCAGAAGUGGCCGCCGGCCGACGAGGAGCUCACGCCGAGAGAGCAGAGAUGCGUGGACCGGGCCAAGUUCUUUCAAACCAAAAACUCAGCGUACCAAGCGCUUCAGGCAACAAAGCCCCGCACAGUUGGUUACGCUUUCCACGACAGCCCCCUGGGGAUGCUCGCCUGGAUGGCCGACAAGGUCCUUAUAUGGUCCGACCCCAAGGCCAAGGCCUGGACGCCGGACGAGCUCAUCACCUGGACUCUUUUGCAUUACUUCCCAGGCCCAACGACCGGCAUGGUCACGUACCGGGAGAACGACUUCGCGUGGGUCCUCGAGCUCCUGUCCUCGGAGGAGCCCGGCUGCAAGGUGCCGCUCGGGCUCAGCCAGUUCCCCGAGGAGAUGGUCUUCUCGCCGCGGCGCGUGCUCGAGGCCGACUACAAGAAUCUGGCAUGGAUGCGGGAGCACGACGCGGGCGGGCACUUUGCGGCGAGCGAGAAGCCCGAGGAGCUGGCGACCGACAUGAUCGACUUCUUUGGAUCCUACCGGAAGUAGGUAGGUAGGUGGUAGGUAGGUAGGUAGCACGGUGGUGCGGGCUUGAUGGAUCCAGCUGGCGGGACGCUAAGUGGGGGGAAGUUGCUGCACGCCACCACCGAGUUAUGCAUACUAUAGAAGCUGCCCAACAAGCCAUUAUCGCUUAUGCCAGACGCGCCGUAGUUGCCCGUCCAUGGCGGGAAUGGUUCCGUUCUCCUCGCGUGGGAAACCAAACUAUCCGACAAUUCCAUUUCCCAUAACCGCCCC